CGCGGCGGGGCGAUCCCGGCCUUUCCCGACCCUGCCGCGCGCCGUCGUUCCCGGCGUGCCCCGCGCCCGCCAUGGCCGACAUGUUCGACGGGAUCGUGAUGGCCGAGCAGCGGUUCCACGGUGAGGGGUAUCAGGAGGGAUAUGCCGAAGGCAGCCACAUUGGAAUUGCUGAGGGAAGGAGGUACGGAUCGCUCCACGGCGCCAGGAUGGGGUCGGAGAUUGGCUGCUACCUUGGGUUUGCACUGACAUGGCACUGUCUGCUCCAGAAAUGCACAGAUGAAAAGAGCAGCAAAAAGAUAAGGGCUCUGGAGUCAUUAAUAGGGAUGAUUCAGAAAUUCCCAUAUGAAGACCCCACUUAUGAUAAGCUGCAGGAAGAUCUGGAAAAAAUCAGAGGAAAAUUUAAACAGCUGAGGAGUUAAAGCCCAAGAAGAUUGAUUUGCCUUCACCAACGUGAGGUGUCUAAUGUGAGUUGUUGCAAAUAAUUCUGCCUCCUGAGGAUUUAAAUAGUUCAGAAUCUGCUUCUUGGCAGCAUCCAGAGUGGCUGAGCCCCCCAGCCUUUUUGCAUGUUGGUGUUUUUUGCCUGUGUUUCUCAGCUCAGUCACAUGGAAAAUGAGGAACGUUGCAGUCAGCAAACAAUGUGAAAGGUGUGGGCUCAACCCAACUGAAGUGUUACCGUGGAGGGGGGUGAAAAAAAUCCAUCAAAAUUUCAAAUCACUGUUGAAUUUCGUGAGAUAUAAACAUUCUUUCAAGGCUUUCCCUGCUCUGACAUCUCCCUAAAAUGACUGCAAGUACAAGUGGGUUUAUUAGUUGACACCCCGAGUGUGGCUGGUCAGGCCUGUGGUGGAAGCGUGUGUUCCUCUGGAAUUCCAGACCCUUCAGGGGGAUGAGCAAAGCUGCUGUGGGCCCUGCUCAUUCACACGUUGCCUGCUUUAAAUGCAAUUUAAGUGUUGCUUUGAAGGCUAGGUGGAAAGGAUAUGGGGGGUAAAAAAAAAAUGCAACCUUGUACAUUUAUAAUAUUGGUUGUUAAUAAAGCAGGACACGGAGAUCGUGGGUUUGUGUUGUCCAAGGAACUGGGCAUUCUGCAGGAGUACUCAGUGUAUUAAGGGCAGUUAAAAUGGAAAAUUUCUGCCAAAAAUGCUGAAAUUUGUAAGACUUAAAAAUAUACUGCUGUAUUCACUCACCACCCCUAGUUAUUGCUCAGUAGUUCGGGAGGAAUGUUUGAAACACUGAACUCACAAAUGUCUGACUUGCCUGGACUGCGUUCGAGCUUGUUUGGUUCCUUCCUGAUCAUCUCUCAGCUGAACCUGUGCAAUAUGGAAUUUUAUUAAUUACUGCUAGGCUGCUGAAAUGGCAAUCCAGAAGACUUGUAAUUUUCCUUUCUACAAGAAGUGAUGAGCACAAGAAACAGUGAAUUUUGAGGCAUUGGCAGAGCAAGGUAAACUCUGACCCCCGUUUGCUAAAGCUUCUGAGCACAAUUCUCGUUCUGCCUUCAGACUUCCUUUCCAUUUCUUGUCAACUGUAAUGUGAAGGUGAUCAAAAUUCCAGCUUUGAAUGAACAAAUCACCAGAAAUGGGUGAAAUAAAUCAGAAAAAAACCCAUCUGUGGAUGCAACUGUUUGCUUCAAAAUCAGCCCUGUGGAGGUAGUUUGGCUCAUUUGAAUCCUGUUACAUUUUGGUGAAACGAGGUUGUGAUAAUUUACAUGUGGAUGUGUGAGGAAAGCCUGGAAUGCAUUGGCUGGUUCUGUGACUCUUUGGUCUGAUUGCUGUUGAGGUCUGAAAUCUAAAAGCAACAGUGUGUUUUAGUAUGCACAUAGAACCAGUUCAGUGCCAGCUUGCUUUGUGGGUAAUCACCACUGAGGGAAGAAAAAUAAAGACUGGUUUAAACUCUC